GCAAAGUUGCAAACAGCAACGAAAUCUUAAAAUUUAUGGCGGUGGAGCUUGGACACGUAUAAACCAGUCUCCGUCGGAAAACACCAGAAACGCCGACGUUUUGGACAUCGAUAAAGAAGGAGAAGAAGAAGCACAGUGCAGAGAGACACAUUCCAAUGGCGGACGACGAGGCAGAGAUAUACGACGGAAUUAGAGCUGAAUUUCCUCUCACGUUUGGCAAGCAAUCCAAGGCUCAAACCUCUCUCGAAGCCAUUCACAACACGACUCGUCGUUCCGUUAACAAUCCUCCAGAAAAACCCUCCUCCACCAAAACCAACGACCUCCCUUCUCUCUCCUCCUCCUCCCAAACCUGGCUCACCUCCCUCCGCGCCCCCAAAAACCCUAAACCUAACCCUAAUCCUGAACCUAGCCCUGCAGACGAUGAGGAUGGGGAUGGCGAUGUCAUGGUUGGACCGCCGCCUCCGCCGCCACAAUCUGAGAUUGCCGAGAGUGACGACGACGAUGGCGAGAUGAUUGGACCGCCGAGGCCGCCGGUGGGGUCCAACAUGGACGAUUCGGAUUCGGAUUCUGAUUCGGAUUCAAAGUUGGAGAAUAGGUAUCGGAUUCCGCUAAGCAAUGAGAUUGUGCUGAAGGGCCAUACCAAGGUCGUUUCAGCCCUCGCCGUCGAUCACACUGGGUCUAGAGUUGUUUCCGGUAGCUAUGACUAUUCUGUGCGAAUGUACGAUUUCCAAGGAAUGAAUUCAAAGUUGCAAUCUUUUAGGCAGCUCGAACCAUCUGAAGGUCAUCAAGUUCGUACCAUAAGCUGGAGUCCCACAGCCGAUCGUUUUCUCUGUGUUACAGGCUCAGCUCAAGCGAAGAUUUAUGACCGCGAUGGGCUUACUUUGGGAGAGUUUGUAAAAGGCGACAUGUAUAUUCGUGAUCUCAAGAAUACCAAGGGCCACAUUUCUGGAUUGACUUGUGGAGAGUGGCACCCUAGAACUAAAGACACCAUUUUGACAUCAUCCGAGGAUGGAUCACUGCGUAUUUGGGAUGUCAAUGACUUCAAAACUCAGAAACAGGUUCGACUUUGUUUUGGGUCUUGCUUAAACAUAUGUUUUCGAAUAAUAUUGGUUUGGGUUGUCUUGCAUAACUAUGUGACUAGCAAAAUGGCUUAA